AUGCCACCAAAGGGUUGGAGAAAGGAUGCACAGGGUAAUUAUCCCACAACUUCAUACAUAAAAGAACAAGAAAAUAUCACAAUCGAUGACCUACUUUUCCCAAAGAGUAUAAUUGUUAGGCUGGCAAAAGAAGUACAGGAUGCAAAUAAUGGUGAUAAGAAACUGGUCAUAAGUAAAGAUGCAUCAUUAGCACUACAGCGUAGUGCAACAGUUUUUGUGAACCACCUGCUUCUCUUUGCAAGAGAGAUUGCCAGAGAACAGGACAAAAAAAGUUGCAAUUCUGAUGAUGUACUGAAUGCACUCGAUCAUAUCGGCCUGCCAGGCUUAAAGGCCUUGGUUGUGAACAGGCUGGAUGACUAUCAGAAGGCUCAAGAGCUCAAGAGACAAAAUAAGAAGACAGAACAGAGAGAUUUGGUUACACAGAACGAUGUAGAGGAAAAUCAACUAGAAGAAAACGAUGAAGACAUAAAUAAGAGAGUUAAACUGGACGAAAGAUCAAACCAAACCCCUGCUGAAGAGGAAACACCAAUCCAGGAUGAAAAUCAAAGCGUUACCGAGGACCAGGAUACCAAUAUGCUGGCUGAUGAAUCAUGA